AAAACGACAAGCAAAUCUCCUAAAAGGGAAACAGCUGCUCCGUGAAGGGAAACUAUCAGAAGCAAGAGAAUGCUUUUCUCGCAGCAUUAAUGUUACACAUGCAAUGGCCCGUGAAGUGAUUCAAGCUGCCAGAGCCCAAGGAAUAGAUUGUCUUGUUGCGCCUUAUGAAGCUGAUGCUCAGUUAACUUAUUUGAACAAAACUGGCAUGGUCCAAGCUAUAAUUACAGAGGAUUCUGAUCUCCUCACUUUUGGGUGCAAAAAGGUGUUUCUUAAAAUUGACAAGUUUGGAAAUGGUUUAGAAAUUGAUCAAGCCCGCCUCGGAAUGUGCAAGCAGCUUGGGGACGUCUUUACAGAAGAGAAAUUCCGCUACAUGUGCAUUCUUUCUGGCUGUGACUACCUUCCAUCCAUUCAUGGUAUCGGCUUAGGCAAGUCCUGCAAACUGUUAAAGAUAGCCAAUAACCCUGAUAUUAUAAAGGUCAUUGGAAAAAUGGGACAGUAUUUAAAAAUGAACAUUUUGGUAUCUGAAGAAUACAUACAAGGAUUUAUUCGUGCUAAUAAUACUUUCCUCUAUCAGUUGGUUUUUGACCCAGUCAGAAGGAAACUUGUUCCUUUGAAUGCUUAUGAAGAUGAUGUUGAUCCAGAAACUCUAGUUUAUGCUGGAAAAUACCUUGAUGAUAGGACCGCUUUUCAAAUUGCACUUGGAAAUAAAGACAUUAUCACAAUGGAGCAAAUUGAUGACUACGAUCCUGAUGUAUCACCGCCUGUACAACGAAGAAGCCAUAGCAGUUAUACUCAUGAGAAGUCACCCUAUUUAAAGAGUAUUUGGAACAAGGACUAUAACCCCUGCUUUACUACGAAAAUCGUCACAAAUUCAACACCUUUGUUAGAGAAACCCACUACCCGAGGGAUUGAGCGGCUAAUUAACUUAAAAGGACUCAAACUUCCUAGCAAAAUGCUAGUGGCAAAAAGACCAAGGCAUGAAGAAGCAUCAGAAGAAGAACUGUUGAGCCAGUAUUUUUCAAAUUCAAAAAAAACCAAAACAGAAAAAUACGAUGAGAACCAGCAGCUUUUUGAUGGAACAUCAGCAGUCUGUACUUCCCAGGACUCCUGCAAAAACAAGGACAAGUCUUGUGUUCAGCCCAGGCUUAGAAAUAAAUUUGCCACUAUUCUGCAGAAGGAGAAUGAAAAAAAUGGUGCAGUUGUUGUACCAGGAACCAGAAGCAGGUUUUUCUGCAACAUUGGGGAUCUGCCUGAGACUAUAUCGAAGAAUAAAACUGAACAGCCUCUCCAGGACAAUGAGGCUGAUA